GAACCCUCCCACAUAAAGUCAUGAAACUGUGACCACACCAAGAGCCAGGAAAGUGCUGGGGGUGAGGGUUAAACAAAGCACUCAUGCAAACACCAGGGGAUUUAUGGAGUGCAACAACUAUUCCUAAGUUUAAUUAAACUAUGAUGCCAGAAAAUUCCCACCCAGAAGAAUACAGGAUUGCAUCACUGGUCUUCUACAGCUUUGUGUUCACAGUGGGAUUGCUGGUGAAUGCCACUGCACUAUGGGUGUUCAGCUGCACUACCAAGAAGAGAACAACUAUAACUGUAUAUAUGAUGAAUGUCGCAUUACUUGACCUGGUUUUUAUAUUUUCCUUGCCUUUUCGGAUAAUCUAUCAUGGGACAGAAAAGUGGCCUUUUGGAGAUACAUUCUGCCGGAUCCUUGGGGCUUUCACUGUGUUUUAUCCAGCCAUUGCUCUGUGGCUGCUGACUUUUAUCAGCGUAGACAGAUUUAUGGCUAUUGUUCAGCCCAAACAUGUCAAAGAACUAAAAAAUACAAAAAAAGCUGUGCUGGCUUGCACUGGAAUCUGGAUAAUGACCCUCUCAACAACAUCCCCAUUGGUGUUUUUACGAUCUGAUCCAGACCAAGCCUCAAAUUUCACUACCUGCAUGAAAAUGCUUGAUAUCGUCCAUUUAAAGGAAGUAAAUACAUUGAAUUUUUGUCGCUUGAUUUUUUUCUUUUUGAUCCCCUUGUUUAUCAUGAUAGGGUGUUACCUGGUCAUUAUUUACAAUUUUAUUCACGGCAAGACUUCCAAACUGAAGCCUAAGGCCAAGGAGAGAUCCAUAAGAAUUAUAGUUACUCUGAUUGCUCAGGUACUCAUCUGCUUUGUACCCUUCCACAUCUGCUUUGCCUUCCUGAUGCUGCAAGAUGAAAACACAAGUUACAAUCCCUGGGCAGCGUUUACCACCUUUCUCAUGAAUCUCAGUACAUGCUUGGAUGUUAUACUGUACUACAUUGUUUCCAAACAAUUCCAGGCAAGAGUCAUCAGCGUAAUCCUUUAUCGCAAUUACCUCCGAAGCAUGCGCAGGAAAAGUUUUCGAACUGGAAGUGUGAGAUCACUCAAUAAUAUGAACAGUGAAAUGAUAUAAAAAGAGAAAAAAUGUCAAGGGACUUUCACAAUGUAAACAAGGGAUUCUUUUUCCAAAUUCUAGCACUUGGCUACACAGAAGGAUGUUCUAUAACCAAAGGUAACAGAUAUAUUUGUUGCAUUGUAAAUACGAUGGAAGCAGAAUAAUAAUUGCACCUCUUUUUAUUUUUUCAACAUCUUUUGCUGUUUCACCUGAAAUGAACUAAACCUAGCAUCAGUGUCAAACUUUCCAAUGCUUUUAUCACCUCAAAUGACUGCGAAUAUUGUCAGAUGAGAAAUUGACUAUUAAUAUAAUAAAGCAGACAACACUGAAGAAUUAUGAUGCAAUGCAUAUAUGAAUUUUUUAUAUUUGCAUAAUCAAAUGCUCCUGAAACUACUGUAUAUCCCACAUUUCUAAAAUUAAUUUCAUUCUCUCAAUAUCAAAUUCAUUAUGACUUCAUGAGAAAGUAUAUGUAGGUAAAAUUUAUCUUUUACUUAAUUAAAAACAUCCUUGAUGUAGAUUUCUUUUUAAUUUACUACAUUAUGCAGUCAUAAAAAUACCAUCAAAGCGUAAAAUGUUUAAACUGUUCAUCGCCUACCUGUGGGUAUGAUGUGUACAUUUAUAACACCUUGCUUUUGCACAAGGUAUCUUUUUACAUAUAGGAAAAUAUUAAUUUCUCCAGACACAUUAGCAGCCUAUGUCCUAGCAACAAACUCUAGGUAACAAA